AUGACAGUGAAGACCAACGUGCAGGAUAUCGAGCAAGAGAUCGUGGAUCUCGAGGACCGUCUGCGCAAUGCACGUGCUCGUCUAGCGUCGGCCUCUGCGUCGCACAAGGGCGGGGGUUCAUAUCUACCGGUACCGGAGGAUACUACGGGAAUAGUGCCUAGUCAUGCACUGCUCCUCCUCUCGGAUUCAGCCCUUCCGUUGGGCUCGUUCGCCUACUCCAGCGGUCUCGAGUCCUAUCUGGCGCAUAACAAGCCCCUUCCUCGCUCGGUGACCCCAAUUGCAUCCUUCCAACGCUUCCUGAAGCUCUCGAUCGCUUCUAUGGCAAGUACAUCACUUCCAUACGUUCUGGCAGGAUACAGACGCCCAGAAGACUUGGAAACCCUGGACAAUGACCUUGAUGCGUCUACCCCCUGCAUAGUUGCCCAGCGGGCGAGUCUCGCCCAAGGGCGGGCAUUGCUCGGGGUCUGGGAACGCGCUUUCCGGAAAACGUAUGCGUUCAACCCAUUCCACGCUAACCCCAACGCUGCUGAGGCAGUGAAGGUGGUAGAGGAAUUCUCCGACAUACUGAAGACCUCGCUGGGUACUGACGAACUAGGCCCCAAAGGUCACUUUGCGCCUUUGUGGGGGGUGGUAUGUCUGGCCAUGGGCAUGGACGCCCACCAGACUGCGUAUGUCUUUAUGUUGAACCAUGCCAAGGCAGUCCUUAGCGCUGCUGUCCGUGCGUCCGUCAUGGGCCCUUAUCAGGCGCAGAACAUCCUGGCCAGCAAAGGCCUGCAAAGCAUGAUCACUCAACGUAUAGAGCGGGAGUGGGAUACUCCCGUCGAAGAUGCAGGACAAAUCGUCCCACCUCUUGAUCUCUGGGUGGGACGACAUGAACUUCUAUAUAGCAGAAUCUUCAACUCAUAAUACAUAGAUCACCACGAUAGCUCUCUCGAUUCUUUUCUUUUUGGUCAAAGGUGACAUUCCUGUAUGAAUAUAGCUGCAUUCAUCAUCUUUCUCUCUGCCGUGACGUCCUAGUUAAUCCUACAACAUGCACCGUAUUGUCCCACCCAGGUGCCGCUCGAACACUGACGUGGGUAUCCAAAAAACAACUCCUCUGGACCGGAGGGUAAUAAAAAGAGAAGAGAAGGGAAAAGAAAAGAAAAGAAAAGGAAUAAAAGGCGGCAAAGAGAAACGAAGAGAGAAAGAAAAUUAAAAGGAAAACAAAUAUGGAAAAACCGGUAACCCGAAGACCAAACAACCCGGCC